ACUAUUACAAUAGAAGUGAAAAACAAAAAAGACGCGUAAAAAAAAAAAAAAGAAAAAGAAAUUCCAAAGUUCAUAUAAGAACAAAAGAAAAACUUCUUGCAGCAGCUGCGAAUAUCUCAGGAGGGGACUGUUCGACAUGCGAGCUACGCGAUGAAACAAAGAUAAAAGAUUUUCGAAUAGGAAAUGGAAAAAACAUGAGGAAAGACGAGCGAGAAAGAGAGAUCGAUCGAGGGAACGGUGAAAAGGGGGUGAACGAAAUGGAGUGAGAGAGGACAUCGAAAGGAAAGAGGGAGGGAGAAGACAGAGAGAGAUAUAUAUAUAUAUAUAUAUAGUCAGUGUGAGACAGAGUGUACCUUUAACGCACUUCGUCCUCCCAGAUCCUAGUCAGUCUAAAGCCGGCGACAAAACGACCUAUAUUCCUUGGUCACGUGUUCGAGUCCAGACAAAUUUAAUCGAUCGUCAUGCCGGACUUCCUUGGAAAAAGAUACAAGCUGUACAGCAGCGAAAAUUUUGACGAUUUCAUGAAAGCGCUCGGUGUAGGUAUAAUGACACGUAAAGUGGGCAGUAGUGUAAGUCCCGUAGUUGAACUGUCGGAGAAUAAUGGUCUCUAUACGUUGAAAACGACUAGCCCAUUCAAGAACACUGAAAUAAAAUUCAAGCUUGGCGAGGAAUUUGAAGAAGAAACGGUAGAUGGAAGAAAAGUAAAGAGCGUCUGCACUUUAGAUGGAAAUAAACUUAUUCAAGUACAAAAAGGAGAGAAGCAGACCACAAUUGAAAGAGAAUUCUCAUCAACAGAAAUGAAAGCGAUCAUGAAAGUUGACGAUAUUAUAUGUACGAGAGUAUACAAGGUUCAAGACUAAAAAUUUUAUUUAAAGAAAUAACUUCUUCAGCUAAUGAAUUAUUUGAUGAUUUAAAAAUUUUUUUCGCUAAUGGCAAUACAAUAUUUUUGAAAAAUAAAAAAAAAUAAUAUAAACGUUUUUUAUACGCACAAUAAUACAUGAAUAUAUAAAUAUCAUUUAUAUUGUUUGAAAAAUAUGGUAUUUCGCAAUAUAAUACUUGAUAUUACGAAAUAUAUGAAAUAUUAUUAAGUAAUAUUAGUUUAUAUUCACAUGUAUGACAAAGAUUAUUACAUAGAGUUUUAAAAAUAUAUUGAAAAUUUAUAUAUUUUUUUAUGCAUCUUUAAAUAUCAUUCAUAUGCUUUUAUGUACAUCAUAUUCAUUGUGAGUAUAUUAAGCGAAUUCACAAUAAAGAAUAGUUUUGAAUUUCA